AUGGGAGGCGUAUCAACUGAAAUACCCAAAGACUCGAUCGAUCCGAGUCCGUAUCAGUCGAGGCCGUCCCUCGAACGAAUCCAGUCGCAAACUCACUCGACUAACGCCAACAUAUUUCCCGAACCCGAGAAUGUGAUCGAAGCUGAUAUGGAGAAAGGCGGCGUGGUACCGCUUCCACCGUCAGGCCCGCCCGGCUUCAACCCGGCUGAUUUUCCGGAUGGCGGCAUUGUGGCCUGGCUCGUAGUCGCCGGUGGCUUCUGCGCGCUGUUCAGCACAUUCGGGCUCGUCAACUGUGUCGGCGUGUUUGUCAAUUACUAUGUCGAGCAUCCCUUGUCGAACUACAGCGAAUCGACCGUCAGUUGGAUUACUUCGCUUCAGGUCUUCAUGAUGUCGGGAUUGAACGUGGUUAUGGGUCGACUGUACGAUAGCUACGGCCCCAGAUGGCUCCUAAUCAUCGGAACCUUCGUCUACGUCUUCGGCAUGAUGAUGCUCUCCCUCUCGACGGAGUACUACCAAAUCAUCCUCUCGCAAGGCAUCGUCAGCGCCGUGGGUAUGAGCGCCGUGUUCAACUGCGCGACGAAUUCAGUUAUAGGCUGGUUCUUCAAGAAGCGGGCCGCGGCGCUCGGCAUCAUGGUGUCCGGCUCCUCGCUCGGCGGUGUCAUUCUGCCCAUCAUGAUGGAGCACCUGAUCCCGAAGAUCGGCUUCGGCUGGACCAUGCGUGUCCUCGGCUUUAUGUUCUUCGGCCUGUGCGGUUUCGCCUGCUGCACCAUCAAGUCCCGCCUGCCGCCGCGCAAGAAGCCCUUCCACAUCAUGGAAUACGUGCGACCCUUACGCGAGCCCGUUUUCCUGUGCAUCGCCUUCGCCGCCUUUUUCUUCUUCUGGGGCAUGUUCUUGCCCUUUAACUACAUCGAGUUACAGGCCAAGCAGGAGGGCAUCAGCCCGGAUAUCAUCCCGUACCUACUUCCCAUCAUCAACGCCGUCAGCAUACCCGGCCGUAUCCUCCCCGGCUUCCUAGGCGACCGGUUCGGGCGCUUCAACACGAUGAUCUUCAUCGCGGGCCUGUCGGGCGUGAUCACGCUGGCGCUGUGGGUGCCGGGCAAGUCGACGGCGGCGACGGUGGUGUACGGCGCGGUCUUCGGCUUCGCGUCGGGCGGCUUCAUCUCGCUGCUGCCGGCCGUCGUCGCGCAGAUCAGCGACAUCCGCGAGAUCGGCACGCGCACCGGCGUCGCCUUCUUCUUCGCCGCCCUCGGCGCGCUGACCGGCUCGCCCAUCGGCGGCGCCAUCGUGAGCGCCCAGGGCGGCAAGUUCUUGGGCCUCCAGCUCUUCUGCGGUAUCGUCAUGACGGCUAGUAUGGCCUGGUUCGUGCUGAGCCGCUCCCUGCUGGUUGGCUUCAAGUGGAUCAAGGUUUGA